AUGAUGGUGCAGUUCCUAAGGCCGGACGCCGUGAAGAGCUACGUCGCCGCAAUGGACACCGAGGUUCGGCGCCACCUCGACGUGGAGUGGCGCGGCCGGGGCACCGUGGCGGUGAUGCCGUCCAUGAAGUCGCUGACGUUCGACGUCAUGUGCACCUCCAUCUUCGGGCUGGCCAGGGGCGCCGAUGACGCCGUCUGUCGGGAGCUGUCGGUGGAGUUCCAGCAGCUGGUGAGGGGCAUGUCGGUGAUCCCGCUGAACCUGCCCUUCACCGCCUUCCGUAAGUGCCUCGCCGCGAGCCGGCGCGGGCGGCGCGCCGUCGCCGGCGUCAUCGAGGAGCGGAGGGCCAAGCUGGCGCGAGGGGACUUAGGGGAGAGCUCGCCGGCCGACGACGUGGUCACCCACAUGCUUGCCGAGGGCCUGCCAGACGAGGAGCUCGUCGACAGCGUCAUGUUCCUCAUGAUCGCGGCGCACGACACCACCGCCGCGCUCCUCACCUUCCUCAUCCGGCACCUCGACGCCAGCAGGGACGCCUACGCCAAAGUGGUCAAAGUUGGCAUCAAAGCUGGUUUCCGAACCGGGGUGCUGAUGGGUGGCGAGAAGAAGCUCGUCGACGGCUCCUCCAGAGACGACGUCAUGAUCCAGUGA